CCCUAGGGGUCGCCAAAGUGGAUUUUAAAUUUUAGAUUAAAUGCGAUACUAUUAAGCAACAGUAUUAUACACGUGUAAGUAACACGUUGUUGAAAAUACAUGAUUUUGAGUCAUAUGUGCUGAAAUAUUCCGUUACCGACGAUGGUAGUUACGUCCACAGUCCUUUUACGUAAAGCGUCAGCGUAGGGAGGCACUCACGUGGAGGACGAAUGUGACAGAUCCACGCGGCUCCACUGUGAAGCGCCACUCUGUCCAUCCCGAUAACUUACAGAUCGAAGGAUAUCUUUACGUGACGCGGCACCGCUGGACUUUUGUUAUUACGUAACUGUGGACGACAGAGAGACUCUCCGCAAUAACAAUAGUUUGAGGUGGAAUUGUGCCUUCUUUCAGCGACAUGGAACCCACACAAGCGAAAUACGCCGAAAAGCACUGUGUCCUGUGCUGUCAAGAAGUGGAAAUCUUCGCCGUGGGAAAGUGCGACCACCCGGUUUGUUACCGCUGCUCCACGAAGAUGAGGGUGCUGUGUGAACAGAAGUACUGCGCCGUCUGCCGGGUGGAGCUCGAUAAGGUGAUCUUUUUGAAAAAAGUGGACGCCUUUGCCUCUCUGUCCUUCCUGCACUUUCCAUGUGAGAAGCAGCAUGGCAUCUACUUUGGAAACGAGAUGAUCUACGCUAAGUACAGGCACCUGCUGCUAUCAGAGUGUAUCCACUGCCCAGAACCGAAGGUGUUCUCCAGAUUUGAAGAACUGGAGCAGCACAUGAGGAAACAGCAUGAGCUUUUCUGCUGUAAACUCUGCACAAAGCACCUCAAGAUCUUCUCCUACGAGCGUAAGUGGUACAACCGUAAGGAACUGGCACGUCACAGAGCACAUGGUGAUCCGGACGACACCAGUCACAGAGGACAUCCACUCUGCAAAUUCUGCGAUGACCGAUACCUAGACAACGACGAGCUGCUCAAACACUUGCGCAGGGACCACUACUUCUGCCACUUCUGUGAUGCAGAUGGUUCUCAGGAAUAUUAUAGUGAUUAUCAGUACCUAAGUGAACACUUCAGAGAGAGUCAUUAUCUGUGUGAGGAGGGCCGCUGUGCCUCAGAACAGUUCACCCAUGCAUUCCGCACUGAGAUCGACUACAAGGCCCACAAGGCUGCAGCACACAGCAAGAACCGAGCAGAGGCUCGACAGAACCGUCAGAUUGACCUGCAGUUCAACUACGCCCCCAGGCAGCAGAGGAGAAAUGAAGGUUUCGUGUCAGGUGAAGAUUAUGAAGAGGUGCGAUUCAACCGAGGUGGAAGAAGACAGCCUCGUGGGGGUGGGGGACAGAAGAGCUGGAGAUAUUCCCGGGAGGAGGAGGACAGACAGAUGGAAGCUGCCAUGAGAGCAUCCAUGGCAGUACGUAGACAAGAGGAGAGAGCAAUGAUGCAGGAAAGGAAUGUUUUCAGAGAGGAGAGGAAGGAGAGACCUGAACAAGAAGAGCCCCGACACAAGAGUGGACCCAUCAAAGCCACGAGCAAACCUCCAGUUAAAACAAUGAAGAGCAGUAAUCUUAGAGAAGAAGAGGAUUUUCCAGCUUUGGGUGCAGCAGCUCCGACACCUACCUACCCAAUUGUAAAGUCUGCUCCCGCUUUGAUGCCAGUGACCCCUGCAGCUUUGAAGGAGGACGACUUUCCGAGUCUGUCAACUGUCUCUGUUGCCGCUCCCAUGACCCCUGCAUACUCCGCACAACCCAAGAAGUCUUCCUCUUUCCAGGAGGAAGACUUCCCUGCCCUUGUGUCCAAGGUUCGCCGGCCCAAACCUGCAGCAGGCACCGCGUCUGCUUGGUCCAACAAUACUGCCCAUAAUAAACCAACUGUUCAGCUUCCACCUCCUUCGUCCAGAGCUACUCCUCCCCUUACAUCUUUAUCUUCGGGACCCCAGCUUCUCUCCUCCUCCUCCUCCUCUUUGUCAUCUUCAUCUUCACGUAAGAAAAAGAAAGUAGGAGAGAACGGGAAGGCAGCUCCUCCUCAUUCCCCUCCCACCUCGGACGAUGAGAGCAAAGGGAUGACACAGCAGGAGUUCCGUUCGGUGCCCACCAUGUUGGACAUCUCAUCUCUGCUCACUGUAAAAGGAGGCAACACCAAACCAUCGAGUGUCACCCCCAGCUCUUCAAACCCGGCCCCCAACAGUGAUGUCUCUACCUCCAAAGCCAGCAAGAAGAAAAAGCAGCAGAAGAACACUACUACUACUACGUCUGCGCCCGUGUCUUCACCUGCGACGACAGCUGUGAAUACAAAGACGGUGGAAACAACGGCACAGAAGGAGAACGUUCCUGAGAAAAGCAGCAACAAACCUCUGACUAGCUCAGUGGUGGCAGCACUGAGCAGUGGAUUGGCCAACGGCCAUCCUGAGAAACCAACACCCAUGAAUAAGGAAACUACGUCAGUGGCUUCACAUCCAAACAUAGACCAGCUUCUGGAACAAGAAGAAGAAUUUCCUGCUCUUAUAACCAAGAAACCUCCACCAGGCUUUAAGAGCUCCUUCCCAUUGAAGGCUUCAGCUGCUGCCUCGUCCUCCUCCGUCACUCCUUCUCCUCCACCACCACCAGGUCUCGGGGUCUCAGGACCUAAACCCCCUCCAGGCUUCACUGGGAUACCCAUCAACAGUAAUGUAGUGGAAACUGCUCCUCCACCUGUAAACCAGCCUCCCAAGGUACCAAGUACUGGAUACUUGGUUCCAGAGAACUUCCAGCAGAGAAACCUGGAGCUGAUCCAGUCCAUUAGAAAGUACCUGCACAACGACGAGUCCAAGUUUAACCAGUUCAAAAACUAUUCUGCUCAAUUUAGACAAGGUGUUAUUUCAGCAGCUCAGUAUCACCGCAGCUGUAAGGACCUGCUGGGAGACAACUUCAACCGCAUCUUCACUGAGCUGCUCGUGCUCCUGCCGGACACUGGCAAACAGCAGGAGCUGCUGAGCGCUCACGGAGACUGUAGGGCCAUGGAGAAACAGUCGGGCACCGGAGGGGGAGGAGGAGGAAAGAAAAACAAGAACAAGAAGAACGCGUGGCAGACUCCGACGUCUGUGGCUAACGUGGCAGCAGAGCUGGAGUGUCAGGUGUGCCCUACCUGCAGACAGGUGCUGGCCCCCAAAGACUUCAACUCCCACAAAACCCUGCACCUCGGGGAGAGGGAGGAGUUUCCCUCAUUGCAGUCGAUCAGCAGGAUCAUUAGCUAGCACCUCUGUUUGCACCGUUCUGCUGUUUUGGAACACCUUUUUUUUUUUUCAAUUUCCUCUGCAGCUCAGUCGAAACCCUGCAGAGAGCAGCACGCAGCGCAGCCUGUGGACCGAGCUUUUCAGAUAAGUUAGACGAUGGAUUAAAAAUGAUUCAUGUUUUUGUUUGGUUUCUGAGGAUGAUUAUGUUUACAGCUCUUUGGUAAUGGUUUUUCCAGUUCACUCCCACAGGUUGGUGUCGGCUGAGAUUUCCAGCUGGCACUGGCGUCGCCGAUAAACAGUUAUUAAUUUACUGAAGAGCUGAAGUUUUACUUGAAGAAAUAUCUGCUCCUAUGUUCAUUAACUAUUAUUUAGUACAAAUAUUUGUUCUUCAAAACCAGAAAUAGGGAUGUUCAGAGUUCAUGAACCUUUUGUACAAGUGCAGAGUAAAUGAACAAGUUCAGCUCAACCUUUAGUUCUAUAUUUAUUUAAGCAAAGCUUUGAAUGCUUUUGAUCGUCUGCUGCUUCAUACGGAACAAUUCUGCUCAUGAUGGUUCUUUGUUGAGCAUCAUGUAGAAGAACACUUAGAACAAACUUUUUUGUUUUGAAGGAAUUUUUGCAUUUUCCAAUGUGUUCUGUUCAUAUCCCUCACCAGGAGACUGAACUGGUUCAUCAAAGUUAAACUGGUGGCUCACACUUUUUUCAAUAAUGGAAACUAAAGUCUUUAACAAUG